GCUCAGCGCGACCGGCCGCAUAAGAUCCCGUUCCGGGGCUCUCGCGCUCUCUUCCACGCCUCCAAGAUGGCACAACAAGACCAGGGUGAGAAGGAAAACCCCAUGCGGGAGCUGCGCAUCCGCAAACUCUGCCUGAACAUUUGUGUUGGAGAAAGUGGAGACAGGCUCACUCGAGCAGCCAAAGUGCUGGAGCAGCUCACGGGUCAGACUCCCGUUUUCUCAAAAGCUCGAUACACCGUCCGGUCCUUUGGGAUCAGGAGAAAUGAAAAGAUUGCCGUUCACUGCACUGUACGUGGGGCCAAAGCUGAGGAGAUCUUGGAGAAGGGCUUAAAGGUGCGAGAAUACGAGCUGAGGAAGAAUAAUUUCUCCGACACGGGCAACUUUGGUUUUGGAAUCCAGGAGCACAUUGAUUUGGGGAUUAAAUACGAUCCUAGCAUUGGUAUCUACGGCUUGGACUUCUACGUGGUUCUGGGCAGGCCAGGUUUCAGCAUUGCUGACAAGAAGCGCCGGACUGGCAGCAUUGGGGCCAAGCACAGAAUUGGCAAGGAGGAAGCCAUGCGCUGGUUCCAGCAGAAGUAUGAUGGCAUCAUCCUUCCUGGUAAAUGAAUAGUUUCCAGUAUGAAAAAAAUAAAUUUUUCCACUGUUUAA